CAGUGAUUGUGAAUAGUCCCUUGGAACGUCUAAUGCUACAAAAAUCAAUACUUGAACGAGACCUGAACAAAGAAAUGUCAGUGCGCUGUGCGGCUGUCAACCAUGUGUCAGCCAGUUUAGUGCAGUUGUCAAGGUGUUUAUUGAUCUAAAAUUUCAAAUAAUGUUAAUUUUUACAGCGAUUACAGCGUUUGUUUUAAGUGAAAAUGAAAUGUGCUCAUAUUAAUUUACUUAAAGGAUCUUGCAAGCCAUAAGGUUCUAUAAAUACGAGUCUGUGUUAAAAAACAAUUGCAAAAUGUCUAAUCUACUCAAUUUGCCGGAAGAAAUUCUUCUUCUAAUUGUAAAACUAUUAGAUAUGCCAUCGGUCUUUAAUCUCUAUAAUACUUGUAAUAGGACAAGGAACGUAAUCCGUAUGAAUAGAAGUGUGAAAAAAUGUACUCUAUCCCACAAUACUAUGGCUUCAGCUCAUGUACUUAAUUCUGUUUUCAUAAGAGAUAUGUCAGCCACCAUUCAAGAACUUAAUUUGUCUGCUGUGGGAAAUUUAAAUAAAACAAUAUUACUGACAGCAGCAAAAAGAUUUAAAAGUUUACAAUCAAUAGACUUGGGAUACACAAAUAUAACAAUUUGUGAUUUUUUAGACAUUCAUCAGCAUUGCCCAACAAUCAAGGAAGUUACUAUUAAUUUUAUAUUUGAGAAAAAAUAUGUUAGUCUUCAGCUUUCUCAAAAGCUUUUAACACGUUGCCAGCGAACAUUUAAAGACUUUAAGAGCAUACAUUUUAUUGGAUCUCAAAGUAAUUUAUUAAAGAAUAAGAUAGUACCCCUAAUCUUGGGCAAAGCAGAAGAUCUUCACUUACAAUACACUAUAUUGAAUGAAACCAAAAUAUCUUAUAUCACUGUUGAAUGUGAAAUGAGGACAAUCUCUUUCAAAAAAUUUUAUUUAUAUUUUAGUCUGAACUCUUGGAAAUAUGCUUGUACAAAUUUUUUGAUUGGGUCUCCUUUGCUUCUGGAAGAAAAUCUUAAUGCUUGCGAAUGCAUAUUUAUCCUCAAACCUACACCACUAACAACUGAAUAUUUAGAAGUAUAUUGUUCCCCGCUUUUCACUGACUUUUUUUCCAAGAAAUUUCAUAUUGAUGCAAGAAGCCUAAGAGAAUAUAGACGCAGUACUGUUCAUAAUGCUAUGUUCCUGUUUUGGAAGAGGGAUAAAACAGUGUUUGAUGAUAAAUUUUUCCAAGACUUACUAACAUGUCUAAAAGCAUAUUUUCCAUACUAUUUUGAACCUACAAGUGAAGAUCCUGCCCCAUCAAACUAUGAUUGGUUUCAAACUACCUGUUUGGACCCUUCUGAAGAUGAGCAUCCAUCUGGCAGUGUUGUAGAACCAACAUUCAAGAGAGCCCGGGUUGGACAACCUAACUCAUUACUCAAUUUUGAUACUGUUUUUAAAGAUAAAGAAAAAAUUGAACUAACACUUUGCUUCUAUGGCCUAAAAAUUAACCCUAGAACACUAUCUCCAUCAUGUAACUUUUUAUCAAAACUCACUUAUUUGUAUUUAAAAGGGAAAGUACAUUAUAGUGGAGAAUUCUUUAAUGUACUAUUUAGAUGCUGUGACAAACUGGAGACAUUAAAUUUUGAAGCUCCUAUUGUAACAUUUGUCAAGUCGAUUGCAAGAUCUCUGCCAUUGAGUAAAUCAAUAAAAAAUUUAAGGAUAGUUGCGAAGGACAUGGAUUUCCAAACUAUGAUCUCAUCAUUCAGUCAAUGCCAGAAUUUAGAAAAUGUGCAUUUAGUAGAUGUAUCAGAUAAUUGCUUUGAGAUAACUGAUCCUCUCAUUAUGUUUCAGAAAUGUGCAUAUCUGUACUGUUUUCACAUAUAUGUUGAAAUAAGUGAUGCUAAAAGAACAAAACUAAUGCAAAUAUUAAAUAGGGCUAAACUAAGAUCGGAUAAACCGCACAUUUCCGCUUUCAUAAUUAACUCGGCGCAUUAUAAUUUUGAAAAUAUUCCUUAUAUUGAAGUGUUUAAAACGAUUAUAACUAAACCAUUUCCAAUGUAAAUGUUAUAGAUAUUCACUUUCUUUAUUAUAUAAGUGACUUUUAGUGGAUUUUUGAUGUCUAAGAUAUAACUAAGGAAUUUUUGAACAUUUACAGAAUGAAAUGUGUGAAAACAAAAAAAUUAUGAUAUAGGUAUAUCAAAAUUUAUCCUGUACGUCAAAGUAAGUGGAAGAAAGUAGAAUUUGAUAUUGAAGUUUACAUGUAACCAUAAAAUGCUAAGAAUCCACUCUUGGUAUCUAUACCAUCAUUUAUAGGAUUAUGAAAUAUUUUAACAUCUUAUUCCCCUUAUUUUAAUAUCUUGAAUUUUAAAAAUAUGGUAUUAAAUUAAUGGGUCAUGUAAAUAAGAAUAAUAUACGGUAGUUAUAGGAUUUCAAACUUUGAAGUAAGUGUUAAUAAAUGUGCAAUUCUUAUAAUAAAAUUCUUCUCCAGUUCUCUUUUACAAAUAUAUGUUACACAAAAUAUUUUAAUUACUUUUAUUUUUAUGUAGUCCGUGGAACUAAGUUAAUAAAAUAGCAAUUUCCAAUGAAUCUCAGAACCAAGCAAGUUGUAGUAAAUCUUAUAGAUUAGUAUAUCUAAGUCAAUGUAAUAGAUUAAUGAAUUAGAUAUUUGCUUGUGUUGUAUUGGAUUAUAUAGUGUCCAAUAUAUAAAUGUAAUAGAUUAAGUAUCUAUAAAUGUGUAGAAAAUACGAUUGUAAUACAGACAAUAGACUCUUGUUGCAUCAUGCAUGAAUGUCAAUUCCAGCUAUGGGCAGGCGGUUUAAAAUAUUUAUAUUAGUAAUAUUGGGAACAUUCUGAAUUUAACGAUCUCUUCGGAUAUUUCGAUAGGCCUGCUAUAACUUGUUAAAGAAGCGUCUCUAUGUCUCGAGUAGAGAUUAAGAACAAGAGCUCUUACCGAAACACAAAAGGGAUUAUCACUUAACAAGGAGUUAAAGCUGUAGUUUGAUAAUUUAAAUCUAUUUAAUUUACAACCAAGUCUUGCAGCACAUGAGUCUAGUCAAAACUAGUAUAGUAAACAUUUGAUGUUGUGAAUUUUUGUUUUUAUCAUUUUAAAAAUGACUGUCAAAAAUAGUUUAAUGUCGGUGGAAUAAAAUACAUAUCAAAUA